AUGGUACCCAAGCCUAUCGGGAGCAAUGCUCAGAAGCAACGCCUGACUACUGCCCUCAAAAAUAUAUGCAGAGACUAUCCUGCUGGUGGUACCGUGAUCCGCGAACUUCUGCAAAAUGCAGAUGACGCUGGUGCAACGGAAGCACGGUUCGUCCUAGAUGUGAGAACCCACCCUACACAGAAUUUGAUCAGCCCCAGCCUGGCGCAAUAUCAAGGCCCCGCCUUGCUCUCAUAUAAUGACGCCAUCUUCUCAGACAAGGAUUUUGAAAGCCUGUCUCGUCUAGGAGAUUCCCUGAAGCUGAAUGAUGGUGCAACUACUGGUCGAUUUGGCCGUGGCUUUAACUCGGUUUACAAUUGGACGGAUUCUCCCUCGAUCAUCUCUUGCGAACGGUUACUGAUUCUUGAUCCUCACCAAGAAUGGUCUGAAGGCGGACCAGUCUACGACUUUGUCAGAGACGCAAGUGAUCUGUCAAUCAAGAACCACAUGGCUGCGUAUAGUUCUGUCAUGGAGCACCUCGAUCAGCCACUCAAUGGUACCAUUAUCCGGAUCCCACUCCGACAUAUCGAUCAAAUCCUCAAAAGCGAUAUCUCCUCCAUCUCUACUACGACUGCUGAGAUAGAAGAGGUUCUUCAAAACUUUUGCCGAGAAUUUAGCGUCAAUGGCCUGCUAUUCAUGCGGAACCUCACCAAGCUCGUGAUUGUAUUCGCUGGUAUGUCCCAUGAGAUUGAAAUGAUCGGAGAAGAAUGCAUUCACAGCCACAAAUCCAAAAUCAACGCUGCCGUUCAAGAUGCUCUGAACUCAGCCGCAACCUCCUUCCAUUACAGUUUCCCGGCAGGAAUUCGAUAUUCUUUGAAUGGUAACCCUACGACAGUAACAAAUUUCCUCAUCCAACAUAGCAUCCAAAAAUCCAUGGAUGAAGGCUUGCGAGUCUGGGCCAAGAGUCAGCAACUUAUCCCUUGGGUUGCUGUUGCUACUCAAGUUCCUGUAUCUGCAAACAGCAGUUCUCAAUGCUCUCUGUUCACCGUUCUGCCUUUGCCUGUCAAUACAAUCCAGCCAAUUCAUAUUCACGCACUUUUUAGUUUGACCCCUGACCGUGCAAAUCUGCACCGCCUCACCGACCAUAGCACACAGAAUCAAAACCCUGCGAGGUGGAAUCAAUGGUUGUUGACGACAGGAGCAUCUGUUGCUUGGGCAAGACUCUUGCAUGCUGUGGCGAAAUUGUAUCCCGCUCACUCUGCCUUUGAGAAAUGGCCCAAGUCCAUGGACAAUAAGCAAGAUCCUCAGAGUGACUCUCUUGACAGAGUUACUGCAGUUAUUCAGAAGGAAUGUCUUGAAGUGUGGCCAACUGACACUGGCUACGUCAGCCAUAAGUUGGGUCUAUUGGCCCUUGGAUCCGAAUCGGCGGUUUUGAAGGAAGUGUUCCGAGAAGCAGGACUUCCGAUAGUCUAUGUUCCGAAGCACCUCCAGAAUCAUGCCGAAAGAGCUUUUAUGGCUCGACUUGUAUCUCCGAAGGCUGUCUGCGCCUCGUUAAAUCUCAAGCGAGAGACAGUCGCUAGUCUCAGCGGGAAGACGAAAUGUAUGCUGGUUGACUAUAUUUUUUCCAGCUCCGAUCUUGUCGACCACGGAAGUCUCGAAAUUUUUCCCUUCGAAGAUGGAGGCUUUCGUUGCCUUAAUGGGAUUCAAGCAUACGUUCAUCGCGAUGAAUUGGACAAGAUGCUUUUCAGCAAGCAGAAGGGUCGCAAUUUGGCGCUUGACUGUCUCGCGAUUGAAACGCAGAAUCUUUUGAAGCAGAGAUGUGGUUCAUCCACCUUGCACCCUUCUAUUCAGUUCAGAUCAGCCAAGUGUCUCCGCGAAUACAGCAUGAGGACAGUGUUUAAAAGGCUUUGUAGAAGCCAAAACAUGGUGACACUAGAUGCUGAAGCAUCUGCAUUCAGCGCAAAUGCCUUGACAUGGAUCUCGAACCAAAAUGUCAGCCUUCAGAAUGAGGAUGUCAAGGAUCUUUGGCUACUCCCCUUGAGCAAUGGACUUCAUCGCAAAGUGGUACCAGAGAAGAGCAACGUCGUGGUCUAUCUUUCCCCCGAAGGCUUGUGUGGAGAUGUUAUGCGAAAUAUCGACGCGCAACUGUCCUCGAAAACAUUGCCGCUUCUCUGUACAGACACAGGAGCCUUAGGAGGUCGCUCUUCUGUUGUUAUGAAGCAGAUCAAUGAGGCAACGGCUGCAUUCGUCGUAGAAGAUGGAGCAAACCUUGUGGUUUUCCUUCGGUGGCUCUGCCAGACAUUGCCAUACGCUUGUACACUGAGCGAUGAAAACAGAGAACAGAUCGCUAAAGCUAUUGCACACAAGCCCUGCGAUAUACUGGUAUACGAGGAGCUCAAAAUCGCCAAAUCAUUGAUCAGCAAUCUUAGUAUAUUCCAGAAAUUGACGUGGGAGGAGACUAAUGAUGCAGUAUCACCAACCGUAACAUGGACUAGUUUGAGCAGUUGUGGCACUUCCGUCGGACUCCUGGAUGAUACCACCCAGUUUCCGGAUAUUCCUGGAGUUCAAUUUUUAGUCGCUCGCCCCUCAAGUCACCAACAUCAGCUUUUAACCCACUGGGAGCUGGCUUCAUGUCUCCAGCCAGUCGAUGUGAUCCAGAACCACAUCGUUCCUGCGUGGAAAGAUGGAAUUUCUGAAAGUUGGAGCAUCAUCUGCAAGCAACAGGUUUCCGCUUAUAUCUUCAAGAAUUUCUCCUCGCUUUCACUUGAAACACAGAUGUCCCUUCAGAACAUCCCUAUUGUUCCCGUUGCAAAGUUAGGAUUGAAAGGCGGUCCAACAUCCAAGUUCGCAUGUGCUGCAGAACUUAUUGAUCCAUGUGUGCUUGAGCUGGCCAAGUUGUGUUUUGAUCAAGAAGAGAUCGUGCCUAACGACGACUUCUUCCGGGAGUUUCGGGUCGCUUUGAUCGGAUGCGGUGUUAAAACAUCCAUAGACGAAACAGUCAUUCGCCAUCGAGUACUAUCUUAUGCCAGCGGCAGGUAUCCCCCAACAGAGGUGACCACGCGGGCCAACUUGCUACUCAAAUCUUCGUGCAGAUGGUCAACUUCCACGGAACUGCCAGAAGACUCCGAAAUCCGUUCCUUAGCAUGGCUUCCAACGACCAACAUGGAUGGAAGACAGUCUUUCCAAAACUCGUUUCAAUGCCGUAGAAUGGGUGAUUGGGUUCUUGUAGGGUCUCAAAUGCCAACGCUCACUGUCGCCAUUAGCGGGGAAUGGCAGUCAAGACUUGGCUGGCAAAACGUUCUCCCUGCUCGGGUCUUGUUGGCACAACUGAAAUACGCAAUUCUACAAACGAGCCCCCGAAUUGUUGACGCGGUCAUCUCGUACAUUCAGAGCAACAAUCUUGCAGAGCAGGUGGAAUCAGAACUGAAACUUCUCAGAUGUAUUGUUGUCCGAAAUGAUUUCUUUGUCGACCCCUCGCAAGCAUUUAGGCCAUCGCGUCUUCGAUCUCAAGGAUGCCAUCAAUUACAGCCAUAUUUUGCUAAUGUUGAUGAUACUUUCUGGCAGAAACAUGAAAAGCUACUAGUACAAAUCGGCGUGCGCGAGGAACCAAAGCCAGAGGACCUGCGGAAACUGCAAGGUGCUUUGGAAGCCAAGGGAAGACUAGAUGAUCAUGAUAUCGGAGUUGCAAUCGAGAUUCUAAAGCUGGCAUCUGUCUUCCCGAGAGAUGAGCUGCAGGGCUUCAAGAUCCUUGGAGCCUCAGGAAAGUUCUACGACUUUGGAGAAAUCUACUAUAACGAUCUUGGAAGUCUAAGAGUCAAGGAGGAUGUCCAGCUAACACAUCCAGACAUCCCUGUACAAAUCAUCAAGCGGCUCAGAAUUGACAGUCUUAGUGCUCGGCGUGUGAGAGGAGUCCUCGAGAUCGAAGAUGAGAAUGAGGACGAGUUUGAUCAACAAGAAAAUGCUACAACUAGGAUCUCGGACACGUUAGAGAGAUAUACAAUCGAAUCAACCUUCAGAGAGUAUCUUGCAAAUGCUGAUGAUACUGAAGGCGCCUCAAUGAUCAGUUGGGUUCUUGAUGACAGAAAGCAUCCGAGUCGAACUUUAAUCACGCCUGAAAUGGAAGAACUUCAAGGACCUGCAUUAUUGGUCUAUAAUAAUGGGGUAUUUACCGAGAAAAAUUUUGAUGGCUUUAAGAAUGUUGGCGAAGGCAGCAAGAUGCACAGCAAAGGGAGCAUCGGCCAGUUUGGUCGCGGCUCGCAGACGAUGUUCCAUUUCACAGACUAUCCUAUGAUCUUGUCCGGGGACUUUCUACUGAUCCUGGAUCCACAACAAGAGAUACUGCCACUGAAUCAAACCAAAGGGAGACGAAAGCCAGGCAUUAAGUUGAAGCUGUCCAAAAUUAGAGAAAUUUGUCCGGAUCAGCUUAUCCCUUUCGCUGGGUUCUUUAAAUAUGAACUGGAUAUCGAUCAUUUCCCAGGCACGAUAUUUCGCUUUCCGCUGAUAACUACGAAUUCUACAGGAUUUUUACGAGCCAGCAAGCGAGGACUGAACCAAAACGAAGUGUUGAGACUGAUGGACACGUACUUCGACGAGGCUCGUACAUCGCUUCUGUUCUUGAGACGCAUCAGAUCUAUCAACUUCUACGUUCAUGGAAAGCCUGAAUUAGGCUGGGCAAUUACUAGUAACAGUCUUCUCAAGAGAUUACCUGACAGUAGUUCGCGAGUAUCACAGUCACUUGUCUGUAGUGCGACCAAACACAACGAAUCUGGCAACACGCGAUUGAGCAACAAAGAUACCUGGCUUGUUUCCCUUAGAAACCUACCAUCGGAUAUCCACCGAGCUCCACCGAGCUCUAAGCGUAUCGCGAAGACCGUUGAGUGCGGUAUCGCAGCCUUGAUCAAAUCAGAGAUCAAAGGUGACGCUGUUGCUGGCACCUUAGCGACCUCUAUCGAGCCACGAAUGUUCAAUACUCUCCCACUUCCGAUUGCGUCUGAUUUACCUGUGCAUCUCCAUGCAUCCUUUUCGUUGUCUGGAGAUCGAAAGUCGAUUACACUGGAGGAGUAUGGAAGUACGUCAACAGGUGCCGAAUUGAACAGACAUCUCCUUCAAUCAGCUCUCCCAAAGCUUUAUCUGGAGCACCUUAGCGAUCUCGUGGAGAUCACCCACGAGGGUUGCUUUCAGUUUUGGCCUCAAAUUGAGCCUCCUAAGAAAAGCUUUGGUUUGCAAGUAUUUGAAGCUUUUUGGUCAGAACUGCCAAGCUUUCCAAGUUCAAUACUCCCGAAAGCUCGUGUAGCAAGGACCGGAAAGUGCGGGAAGAAACAGACCAUCAAGAUGCAACGGGCAGUAUUUGACUUCUUGCCAAAGAGACAAUCGGACAUACUUCUGAAGCUACUGUUGGAUUUGGGGGUUGACUUGAUUCGCGAGAUUCCAAUACCCAUUGCUAAACGACUUCAGCUUAUUCCAGACCUGAAACAAAUAAAUGGCUCCGUUCUCAGGGGAUUGUUGAAGUCGGACCACUGCGGGCCGAAGUUGUUGAAGGCGACAAAAGCGGAUCCAUCAGUUUGGCGCGAGCUUUUCGCCAUCAUCGAUCCUCAGUCAAAUCAGGACGACCUCAUGGAUAUGGACGGGUGUCAUGUACUGCCACUAGAGGAUGGUACUUUGGGCAAAUUGCAACUCGUUGAAGCAAAUGAAACCACUGUCUACUACCUUGCAAGCCAGAAGGAACUUGGCAUAUUCGACUUUGCAUCCUCGAAAUUGGUCUCUCUGCGAAACGAACUUCUACUGCUGACCGGACACAAAACCUUCAAUUUAAAGAGGCUGCAGCUGAAUCAUUUCGAAGAAAUAUUGAAGCUACGACCAAACGUCACCACGCCUGAUUUAGAAACCGAUGCUUGGCUCAGAAAAUUCUGGGAAUUCUUGCACAAAGACCAUGCUGCUAUGAAGCAGACAGACAUCGGAAACUAUGAUACAAAAUUGUACAAGGCGACCUAUGAUGAGGCUAAUCAUUACCUUACGCCAGGAGAAUUUGAUAAAUUUCCAGCUGUUGUGAUUCCUGCGAUUUUGGAACACAAAACACUUUGCCAGCAGAUCCCUGGUCUCUAUCUUGUGGACUCAACGACGAUCCCGAAAUCCCUCGCGCAAGAAGAGAAGUCUCUUGCUUACGGCCCUUCUUUUUCUAGACUCAUUCGGGCUCUAGGUAUUCUUGGAUCUCAUUCAGGACUCGGAACUUUCAUCACCACGCAUGUGGACCAUCCAAGCUUGCAGACCUUACAAAAUCUUGUUGUAGAACAUGUCUGCUGUCCAUAUUCGCAAACUUCGGACCUCCACGCAUACUUGAAAUUACUUCCACUUUGGCCAAGUUUUGUGAACUCCCCAGCGAGUGCAAUGGUCCCAGCGAACACAGCUCUGAUGGCGAUGACGAAGUUCUCUGAACUUUUAGUACCUUGGAUGAAGAGCAGUACCCAGUUUGUUGACCCCAAAUUUUUUGACCCGACAAUAUCGCUGCGUAGGCAUGAAUGUCUAUCUAUCCUUGGCGUCUGUUCGCUAUUCGGUGACGUCUUGCUGAGGGAUCACGUUUUCCCAAUCCCGGCGAAUGUUGGCCACACUCACUGGCAAGAUUACAAGUCACUCAUCGCCGUCAUUGAGAGGUUGGGACUUUGGAGAUGGGAUGUUCUCAAGAGCCAUAAAUUUGGCAUUGAUGGGAAUCUGAUGCUGAAGAAGGUAGCGGAACUUUAUGAUCACAGUAACGACCUCUUCAAGGCAGCCUUUUCUCAGGAGACGAAUGCUCGAUUUGUCCAUACAGACCUCCGACACCAUCGAAUUCUGUGGAUUGCGUGUGGCCUACGACAUGAGGCUAAUAACUUUGUCGAUCCUGGACAUUAUCGUGAAUGUCUCCAGGUCAUGGCAUCUCGCGGCAAAACAAGCCGGAACAUGGAUGCUACCUACAAUCAAGACGUUCAAGUGGUUCUCCGCCCUGUGACGACAAACAAUCAAAGGCUGGCGCGCUUCAACACUGUUGACUGGCAAGCGAUCGCAAAGCAACAGGUUUUUCAAUCCAGGACCAAUUUCAACGGAGAGCCGGAGUACCGAAGAGAUAGCAUGACUGAAGUAGCGAAGGGAAAGCCAAUGCAAUGUCUGUCAGACCUCGUUUCUCAGCAUUACAUGCCCGUUUGCUGGAGCCAGGUCCCGUUCGCACUUCAUGAGCCUACCACAGAAGCUUUCAGUAAGGUCAUUGGAGAAGGCAAGCCUCCAGUGAGCUUUGUUUGGAGACAUUUACAGUUUCUGAAAGCCAUGUCCCAGCGACUGAAACCCUUUCAAGUCCAAGAUUUUCUUGGAGACCUUAAGAAGACCUACCAAUACCUCCAAGACUGUCUGGACCAGAGUACUGCCUCGUUCAAUCUCGCCGAUAAUGCGGUGUGGCUGAACAUGAACGAUUGGAGUCAACACUCCGUGCUGAUAGGUGAUCUGAGAUCUUCUUGGCAAAGCAUCGAUCAACUCGUGCUGUCUAGUUCUGUGGACUCAGGACCUAUCAAGGCUGUGAGACCGGGCCUAAUGGUGUACGAGAAGCUUCUUCGUGGACUGGGAUGCAAAUCCAUCACUUACCCAACCGUUACUCAACCACCCCCAGCUGAAGGCUACUCAAUUGCUGUUUCCGCCCGUCAGCUUAGACAAGCUGGAAAGAUGUUCGACAUAUCAUACCAGUCACAAGGACAGACCAUCCAAGCCCACAAAUUUGUACUCGCUGCCGUUUCAGACCACUGCGCCAGCCAAUUUGGUGGGAGCUGGACUAUCGACCCUGUUGUUAUUUUCGAUGCAGUCGCUGACCCUGAUGCUUUCCUGUCGUAUCGCACUCUGGAGAUUAUGAUCGACUACGCAUAUGAAGAACCUAUCAACUGGACAGAAAUGGAGGUAUUGGACAGUGACAGUCUUGCCGAAAAGACGACAAAGCUCGACAAGCUUUUGAAUCUCUGCAAAGGAGCAGACUACUGGAUCAUUCGGUCGCUGCUUUCUCAAGCUGAAAGCAGAUUGCUAGCAGCUGGACGUAUGUUCAUUGACUUGGAUAAUGUCGUAGAUGUCAAAGAUCGUGCCCUGCUAUCUGGAGCGAAGCACUUCCACAAGCUUUGUGAGGAGUUCAUCGAUCAGAACCGCGAUGCCGUAGCGAGAGCACAUUCUGAGGAGCGAGCAUGA